UAAUAUGAAAAGAACAAUGCUACAACAAGAAAACCAACAACUAAUAUUACUAUUACUAUGAUGACGAAUGCGUGUCAGCGCGCAUGCGCAAUGUGUGUAUAAUUUCGGAUAAGUGUACAUAUUGUCCUCAUGGUGUUAAACCAUUUUCUGGCGAUGGUCACAUCAAGGACUUAUUGUGAAAACGAAAAUCUUCAAUUUAAGAAUAAUUAAAUGUCAAAUAGAAAAUUGUACAAACAUCUUAUUUGUAGUAAAGCAGUAAACUAAGCAAUUUGAAAAAAAUAGUUUUGUUUAUAUGUAUUGUAGAGCAGAGAAGUGUUUGAUAAGUUUUCCUGUUAGGCUUAAUUCGAACUAAUUUGGAAAUACGAAAGAAAUGGCUCGCGGGUGUUCAAGAUUGCUUUUGUAUUCCAAGCCGCUAGCAGCUUCCUAUAGUUUGCUUCUUUCUGAUUUACAUAAAAAGGGCAGAACGAGGAAUUUGUAUUCUGGAAGAUCGAGCGAGUGAGUGUCAGUCGGUCCGUCCGUCAGUCAGUCCAGUCACAAAGUCAGCUGACAGAAGAGAAGGAGGAGAAGAUGACAUACGCUUCCAUUCUAUCUGCAAGAUCCUCCUUCACUAAAGACCCAAGCUCAGACAUGUUGCCAAUCUGGUCCGCUUCAGCUGACGUUGAAGAAAGAUUUACGAUUUUUUUCCAGAAAACAGCAAGCUCGGCUUUAUCACCAGCCUACGCUGACACUAGGAAGCAAAACAUACAGACCAUAGAGAGUGAUGUCCAGUUAACUGCCACGUCUAUCCAUGUGCUCCCCCUACAACCACAGGUGACAGUCAAGGGACAACUGACUGUAAAAGCCCGAGGCCUAGCCAGCGCAAGAACCUCCUCCUUUAACGAGAAGGAGCCUUUAAAAUCGAUGGCAAGCAGAGUACCUACAUAUACACGAGGCACCGGCGAGGAGGUGAGAACCGUUGCUGCAUCUACAGACUGCGGGUGGCUGGGAGUCGGCAUGCAUCAGCCGUCAGGACACCAGUGUGACAGGCAGGAUCGACUCCCCUCCCACUAAGGUGUCAGAACCCACCUGUGCCAAGCGCAUCACCACGCGAAACAUCGUCUGCAGCCAUCACAAGUGAAAUCUUUACCAGACCAGGUAAGUUGCGAUCUGUGAGAUAUGAACUGUUGCAACUUGGAGAUCAACUCCACUUCCGGCUCGCUUUCAUCGCAUUUCAAGGUGUUUCUGUCUGGAGAUGAAUAUACAGGACUUGGUGUAUAUCUUCUUCUAACAGGAAUGUUUGGGUUUUUUGGAAACAUAGUGGCUCUGGUGAUGUUUGUGAGAGACAAUCAGUUUCGGUCCACGGUGGACAUGCUGCUGGUCAACCUGGCUUUCGCCGACAUCGGCAUGUGUGGACUUUGUUUUCCAUUCGUGUCGGCUUCAAACUUUGCACAGCGCUGGCUUUUCGGAGAGAGUGGUUGUACCGCCUACGGUUUUGCCGGAUUUUUGUUUGGCAACACCACCAUCUUCACCUUGAGUGCUAUCAGUGUGCAACGGUACCUGGUCGUCUGCAAGCGCUGGCCAAAUGUACGGAAUAUCAAUACUCUAGUAACCGUCGUCAUGACAACAUGGUUCCAAGCGCUACUUUGGAGCUCACUUCCACUUCUUCUGCCUAAACCUUAUGACCUGGAACCUUUUGGGACGUCCUGCACUGUUUCUUGGGCGAGCGACCAUCACGGGACGAAGAUCUUUGUCAGAUCGCUCGUCGCCUGGGUAACCCUGCACUUCCUGGUGAUGGCGUUCUGUUACACACACAUCUAUGUCUGCAGUCGCCGCGCCCUGACCAAAGUCUCCUCCAGAAGCUACCAGGACCUGCUGGUCUCCAAGAUUUGCUUCAUUCUGGUGACAGCUUUCGCGAUCUGCUGGUCGCCAUACAUGAUACUGUCCAGUCUCUCCUUGUCCUCCCUCAGCGAGGCAUGGCCUCUUCUGUCAGCCCUUCCGGUUAUGAUGGCAAAGUUAUCGUCGUGCGUGAAUCCAGUCCUCUACAUUCUCGUCAGCAGACGUUUCCGCCAACGUUACCUGGAGACGAUCACCUGUCGCCGUCGAACGGACAGCAAAGACCUCGGGGUUCCCAGCAUUCACGUGAACGUCACUUCCGGCAGUAACGUUACCGUGAUACCUUGACGUUAAUUGAGAUGCACUGGGAGAUAUGACAUGACAUGACAUGACAUCUUUAAUGCCAAUGACUCAUGGUCACCAUGACACUGGGAGAGAAGAUCAGUUGGCUCUUGAAACUGCGCAUGACAGUCCACGGAAUAUGACGUUCCCGAACACAACCCUCUACCUACCGAAGUGGUCCUGUGUGAUAAAAUGCUGCGAAUUCGUUGAAAUUUGAAACGUCGGCUUCAGGAAUACGUGAGUGCACCGCUGACAGGAAUUUAUAGGUAUGAUGCUUACACUUCAACUCUAUCGUCUGCUCUCGCUGACAUUAACACAGAUACAAUAAAGAGACCGGAGAGGAGGAUGCAAUUUAUUGCAAAACGUUUAAACAAUGAAAAUUAUUGCAUGUUUCAGCUGUCAUCCCACCUAAGAAGAGGCCGCAGGUCUAGUGUAUAAUGGGUUUCCCAAAUUCUUAGGUCUGCAGUAAAAUACGAGGACUAGAUAUAUAAAAUACCUAGACCAGAGAAUUUGUGUGAAGUAAAAUUCACGAAAACAACGAAUCUGCAAAAAUUUGGAAAAUUCUGACGGAAGGGUGAAGCGACGCAGAAUUUCAUCAAAGAUUUUAUUUUACCAGGAAACAGUUUGCACAACUUAACUGAUAAAAUAUAUUACCUUUGUUAUCCUGCAGAAAUGAAAUCAGCCCUCGGUGUUGUGGGAUUUUACUCACUUUAUACUGUACUAAAUGUUUACACAAAGGGCCGGUGUUUCACACUGGCUGUUGGAAAACUGAUGCUACUUACUUUGGGUCCACUGAUAUAUAAAUCAGUGUUUGGGUUUGGGUAAUUAAAUUCCAGUAGAUUCUGAAUCAUAAAUAACCAACUAAUAGUUGUUUAAUAUUGCUGGAUUUCCACAGUUCCCUGCCUCUGAUGGCCCAUGUUUUAAUUUCUGAAAUACUACUUCGAACGUGUCUUAUUAGCUGUGAGACAAUCAAACCACAGGAAACAGUUGUACAGUUAUGGAAAUUGGUGAGAGUUAAGAAAUGUAUGUGUGCCAUAAA